AUGCUGGGGAGGCUGCUGGGGCACAGCCCCAGGCUGUGGCGGCAGGUGGCUCGGCCAGUCCUGCACCCUGCCAGAGCCAUCGGCGACAAAGCAAAGGGUGCUCAGGAUGCGGCUUUGCAGACAGCUAAUCCAGGUUACAAAGUUUUCAAAAAUGACAGAAGGCCUACAAAUUUUGAUAAAAAGGUGUUAGUAUGGGCAGGACGCUUUAAAAAGGAGGAGGACAUUCCCAAGCACAUAUCGUCUGAGGUCCUCGACGCAGCAAGAAACAGCGUCAGGAUAAAGGUUUGCUACAUCAUGAUUGCACUGACCUUGCUGGGCUGUUUGGCCAUGGUAAUCACAGGCAAAGAAGCUGCUAAAAGGGAUCAGACGCUGCUGAGGAUGAACAUAGAAAAGAAGGCCAAAUGGAGGGCUGAAGUGGAGAAAGAUGAGGCAGCUGUUGGGAAGCCACAAUGAUUGGGAACAGAUUUAUUUUAAUGGCAGGAGAUAAGUGAUUUGCACACAUGGCAUACGUACCUGUCUUCGUUUAACUCUUUGGAGCUUUUUCACUGAAAUUCUCAGGGCUAAGACUUCACUGCUUAAAAACUGUUCCAUACAAACUGGGAAACUCCUAUGGAAACUCCAACAGCUGCUUUCUGUGGCCUCUGGUAUUUGGCACUGGGUUCUGCUGAAAUACAGAAAUCUCUUCUAAGCUGGAAAGUGUGGGAAGGACAGAUGCAGGACUCCCCAGCUCAGCAUCAGCUUUUUGUGGUGCUGCUGAUGCUCAGCAUGGCUGUGGGGCUGUCUCCUCGCAGCCAGGAAGGAUGUGGCCCUACAUCAGAGAGCAUCCCGUUCUGUGCAAUGCCUCUAGCACAAACAGCCUUGGCCAAAGUGACCCAGAGCAGGGGGAAAAGGAGUCUGAAAC